CAACUUACUAGUACAUGUUUCUGGGAGACCAAGAUUGCCAACCAAACUGCCUUUUCUUUUCUUCUCACAAGGAACACUACUGAAGCAACCGCAAUCGGAAAAGCUAAAGAUGGCCGCCGCUCAGGCGGCACACUGGCAGUGGGAGAACGCCGCCGCCGGAUCCGUAGCCGGAUUCACUACCGUCACGUUUUCGCAUCCCCUGGACGUCGUUCGUACCAGAUUCCAAGUUAAUGAUGGUCAAAACCCUCAUCUCCCGAGCUACAAGAACACUCGUCAGGCUCUCUUCACCAUAGCUCGAUCAGAGGGUCUCAGAGGACUCUAUGGUGGCUUUUAUCCUGCUGUUCUUGGCUCCACUAUCUCUUGGGGUUUAUACUUCUUCUUCUAUAGCAAAGCUAAACAAAGGUAUCUGAAGAAUAGAGAUGAGCUAACCCCAGGUCUUCAUCUUGCUUCAGCUGCAGAAGCCGGAGGUUUGGUAUGUUUUUUAACCAAUCCCAUUUGGCUUGUGAAAACAAGAUUACAACUUCAGACUCCUCAACAUCUUACUCAACCAUAUUCUGGUUUCCAUGACGCUUUAAAAACCGUUGUGAAAGACGAAGGGUGGAAGGCGUUAUACAAAGGGCUUGCACCUGGUCUUAUUCUGCAAGUGAGUCAUGGAGCUAUUCAAUUUACUGCAUAUGAGGAGCUGCGUAAAUUUCUUGUCAACUCUAGAUUUGAACAAAGCGUGUUGAUUUCCAAUAGUGCUGAUUUAUUGACGACAAUUGAUUAUGCAACGUUAGGAGCUUCUUCAAAACUGGCUGCUAUCCUUGUCACGUAUCCAUUUCAGGUCAUUCGUUCUCGCUUGCAGCAAAGACCAGGUAUAGAUGGAAUUCCAAGAUAUGUGGACAGCUGGCAUGUCGUGAAGAAAACUGCUAAGUUAGAGGGUGUACGUGGUUUCUAUAAAGGCAUCACAGCAAAUCUUCUCAAGAAUCUUCCUUCUGCUUCACUCACAUUUGUUGUAUACGAAAAUAUUCUCAAUAUGCUCACAUUACCAAGAGCUGAUUAAGACCUAACAAUUUUUACAUGUAUAAUAAUAUCACUAAAUGGUAUAUCUAGUAUUUAGUAUUAAGUAGGAAGCAAGUAUUUAUUGUUGUUUUUUGAUAAACUAUGUACUUCAAAAGAACAACAAACUUCAUAGUUAACUUUUUUUUUUUCUA